AUGAAAGGCACCUCCGCUCAAAACGUGGAGCUCUCGAAAGGUGAAGGCGACCCGACGGACUCUCACGAAACAAACAACACAAUGACGACGGGGCAUUUGGCACGGCGGGCCAGCCAUAUCGUGCCGACGACAAUACCUGGUUCCCACAGCCGCAAGAACAGCACGACCAGCCCGACUCCGCGAUUGAAAAAGCGCACAUCUAUCAUACCGAACGAUGACUUGACAACACUGCCACUGUUGGAGCUUCCUCCAUCGUCGAGUCGGUCCGCUGCGUCGUCGCCACCAAGUGGUGGCGCCCGGUCGACGUGGAUCACUCCUCGGCUCCAUGACGAGCUCAUGAACAACGAUGGUACCUCGAACAAAUCGUCUGGAACGUUGGGCCUCGAAAAAAGCUUGGAGCUGCUCGAAAAGAUUCUCACCGAAGGCAUAUCGCCAACCAAGGACCAUGCUCCACGAUACGCGACACCUCCUGUCAUGGCUAGCGCCCCCAAAUCGCCACCCCUCCGGCUCGGCGACACCGAACGCAAACCUUCCAUUCAAUCGCUAGCAUCGCCUCGGCGCAUCGAAGAGCUCUACGACACCAUUACAAUCUUGCGCCAAGAGCUCGACAUGGAGAAGGCGCAAAAUCGAGCCCACGAGAGCGGCACCGCCGGGUCUACAGCAUACUCGAUGGACGGUGGCAGCGACAACUACUACUCUGCGCUCGGCCGAAACGCAGAGCUCCACAUUCGAGCGCGCAAGUUUGAGUCCGCCGCCAACUCGAUGCGCGAGGACUUGGAAGCGUCGAAACUCGACCAGAAAAAGACGCUGGACCAGGUCAACUCGCGCGAAGAAAAGUUGCGCAAUGUGAUCAAGAAGAACAAGUGCCUCAUGGCGGAAUACGAAGUCCUCAAAGACCAAUACGUGGAAGAAAAGGUCAAGAGCGUCGAGGUGUAUCGAACGAUGGCUCUGGAGAAGAAGCGCCAUGAUACGGCGCGCGAAGAGAUGGAAGCUGCGAACAACCAAUUGCGCAAGCAGCACGAUGAACUCAAGUCGCAGCUGCAAGCGCUGACGGUAGCCCAUGCGACCGAAGUAAAGGGACUGCAAGCCACCCUCGAGACAACGCAAGCAGAACGGGAUCGGUUGGUGUUGUGCGUGGCCGAGACACGCCAUCGAUUCAAAGCGUAUAAAGACCGCGAAGCCAAGGCUGCUGUCGCCGCGCGAGACCAAGUGACUGAAUCGAUGCAACUCGAACAUGCGAUUCGAAUUGAGAAGUUUCAGAACGAGAUUCGGCAGCUGCGCGACAAAGUAACCCAACUCGAACAGUCCAACCAACUCCUGAAACGGGAGCCGCACCUGUCGCCGCUCGAGCUCACGCAACGACGGCACCAACUCUUGAACACGAUCACGACUCAAGAAGCGGAUCUCAUUGCCAUGUCCACGAGGGUGCAAGAGCUCGAAACGAUGCUGGCAUUUGCAAAAUCCCAGCAGGAACAGCAAGCGGGCAUGCUCCGAACAGCGCAGGAAGCAAUGGCCAACAUGCUCCACGAUCGCGAAGUACAAGCAUUUGAGCACUUGAGUUGGCAUGCGCCCCCACGGACUCCCUCGACGCCCCCCUUGAUUCCAAGCAGCCAGGUUGCAACACAGAAUUCGGUGUUUCCGAUGAAAUCGCCCGCCUCUCCUUCGCCCCAGCUGACUCCCCGAGCUCCGGCGUCCGCCCCAUCUCCGCGCGUCCAGCAAACAAAGCGAAAAGGUCAGUUCCGAAAAGCCGACGCGCCACAGUCACUGACUCCCGCACCUCCUCCAACUACGUCACCCGCUCCAUCCACACCAACCUCCCCGAACGACCAAAACCUGACAGUGUCGAGCUGGAAACAAGAAGUUCGGGGGCUUACCGAGAAAGUCGAAGAAUACAAAGCCAUGAUCGUGUCCCUGUCGAGCGAAAUCGACAAACUCAAGACGGAGCGCAAGAAAGUGACUGUCCAGAAGCAGACCGAGAUGCACGACAAGCACCAGGCCGAAAUCGAAGCGAUCCAGCGGCAACUUGUUGAAGCCAAGCUAAACGAGAAGCAUUUGGCCGAGGCCCUGGAAACGUACCGCAACCAAGAAGCCAACAAAGCUGCUCAACUCAUCCAAAUCAAAACGCGGGGAGCCGUCGCGCGGUACAAGCUCAAAGCAAAGCUGAAAGCCACGCGGAUCUUGCAAGCUCAAUUGCGAGGGUUCGCCGCGCGGAAACGCACCAACUUACGGCGGCCCUCCGUCGUGUCCGUUCGGGAUGAGCGGCGUAUGCAGUCGGCGCCCGUCAAAGUCACCGACACCACGGACGUGUAUGUCGAGUUCUUGGCCGUCCCUCCAUGUGUGAAACUCGAGCUAUGGAUUCAUAACCAACUCUUGACCAAGUACAUCCCGAACCGAAGCAUUCCGUUGUAUGUUGCAAACGGCGCCAAGCUGCUCGACAAGGGUCGCAACGAGCUGCAAGUUGCGCUAGCCGACCUGGUCACGUACGACGCUUCGUCGCACUUGCUGACAUUGCCGUUUUUGCCGCCAGAAGAUCUCGUCGCGAAAGCGCAAGCGAAGGCCGCCGAGAAGAUUCAAGCCCGUGCCAAGGGAUUCAUGGUACGACGGUCGUUGUUCGAAGACAACAAACGCCGGCAAGGUGCCGCCGCAGUCAUCCAGAGCCACACCAAGGGCUAUUUCGCUCGAAAAACGUACAGCAGGAAGUCGAAAGCGGUGGUACAGAUUCAAGCGCAAGCCAAAGGAUUCAUUGUCCGUCGGCGCUACCAGCAUCAAAAGGAAGCGCUGGAGAAGAUCCAAGCCACAGCCAAAGGCAGCUUGGAGCGCAGAGCGUACGAACACAAACGCGCUUCGAUUGCAAAGAUCCAAGCGCAAUCAAAGGGCUACCUCGCACGCAAAACGUACGAGGCGAAACGGGAGGCGGCGGUCCGAAUCCAGGCAACGGCCAAAGGGCGCAUCCGCCGCCUGUCGUACGUCGACUACCAGGAAAAAUCCAGAGCCGCCAAGUCGAUUCAAGCCCGGGCCAAGGGGUACUUGACGCGGAGAGACAUGAUCGACAUGCAAGAGUCUGCGAUCAAGAUUCAGUCGCAUUUCAAGGGCCACUUCACACGGCAAACCCGACGCCGGCAGGCGGAGAGCGCCACCCGCAUCCAAAGCGCUCGCCGAGCAUACAUGGAAAAGCAAGCGUUCCAAUUCAAGCGGCAAGCGAUCUGCAAAAUCCAAGCUGGGAUCAAAGGUUUCUACGAUCGUCAGCGCAUCUGCCUCAAGCCUCGUCGCCAACGACUCAACGAGAUGGACGAGAGGCGCGCGGACCACCGUUUUCGACGCCAUGUCGAGUCAAACUUGGUCGAGUUUCGCAUUCAUUGCCUCGACAGCCCCCCGUGCGUAAAGAUCGAAGCGUUAUUUCACAAGCAUGUCUACAGCACGUUCGUCAAGUACCAGGACAUCAAUUUCUUUGUCGGGUUCGGCAUGCAAUUAUACCACGAGAAUCCCGAAACGCUGGCGAAAACGUUUGAGCCGCUGCUGUCGCUAGUCCCUGACGAUGGCCCGCACGGGUAUCGCGUCGUGAUUAAGAAGAACUGGGACAUGAUGGACCCGGUAAAGAAAGUCAGCCCGUCGUGCGACCAAGCGGAGCACUUGAGCGUAGUUGCGCGCGCCCAGACCAUUGCAAACAAGAUGGCCGAUAUCGAAUUGCUCUCGGCACAGCUGCGUCAAGACAUUGACGUACCGGAAGUGGCUGGUUUGGAAACGACGACAGACCAACUUGUGAACGAUCCUAUCGAAUCAAAAGCACACAUCGAGUUGUCAGAGGAACGGCAUGGCCAAGAGAUUGCAUCCAUCAAGAUCGAGCAAAGCGAUGGGAACGAAGACUGCGCCAAGGAGUCGUCUGACUCGGAGACGGACGAGGUCGACGCAAGUACCCCCAUCGAGAUCCCGAUGUGGCUCGUCAGUUUAGACAUGGAAGAAGAGAACGACUUCAAGACCGUUUUGUGCGCUGUCGAGGAGGACAACGAGCACCUUUCCCCGAAUUCGUCGCUCGCCAACCUUCGAUUCUCCAUCACGCACGGGUAUGCUAUGGUUGAGUCUGUCAACGCCCUGCCUGUCAUCUAUGGGACGUGCUCGCACGACUUGUUUGACCAAACCAUCUUGCAAGACGCGUGCAGCGAUCACAAUUUGCGCAAAUCGUUUGCAGAAUCAUGGACAACAAACUUAUUGAAAGAGGCCGCAGAGGUCUGGAGAGCGCGGCACCCAACGCGUCCACGACGGCAGUCCACCAACUUGGACGAGCGUCUCCUUGAUCUGAAUGCAUUGACAUGCCCAAACCAAUCUACCAAAGGCAAAUGUAACGACGGAGAAAUUGUGCUCCGAGUGGAGCACCAUGUUCGUACUGAAGCUGCGGACAAAUUUACGCAUCAACCGCGUUUGGACCCGUCGAAUGAAGGCCGUUGUUCGAACGAUGAUGCCGAAGGGGCUCCGAUAUCGAACGAAGAACAUGACGACAACGAUUCGACCCUCGCUACCGGCCAUGCUCCAUUCCACGAAGGUACACUGGUGGAACCGCCCCACAGCCCCGAGAAAGUGCUUGCUUCGAUUGCCAUCCGAAAUGUUAUCGACAACACCUUGCGGAAAUUGUCCGUGCCGUGCGGUGCUCUCGCCACUACAAAUUGGAAAGAAUAUAUCGAGGACAAUAAUGGAUGCGACUGGAGAAAAGAAGCCACCUCAACGUCGCCCAUCCAACGGUUUGUCGCCCAAACACUUCGUACCGGCAUGGACAACGUGGCAAAUUUCAAUUCACCGCGCAGAGGUUCAUUCAGUCUCGACGUAUAUCUCCUCGACUACACAACUACUGAAUGCGUUAUGGCGCAAGCCAAGCUCAUCACAGACAUCGAGCAAGAACUCGAUGAAGACAAUCGACUCGAAAUCCAACCUUAUCAACAAUAA